GGGAGACAGGGGAGAAGUGUCACGCGCUUUUCGAGCUCGAAAAGUGUCACGCGCGCCCACGUUUUGGCGUCUCCGAAGUCUGGGCGAGCGGCGGCAAUACCGCGCGUGCGCGCUGUGGCUGACUGGCGGCACCUAGCCUCGGUGGCAGGCGGGACUUGAGAGCUGCGCGAGCGAGGGAGAGGCAGGCUAGCGGACGGGCGGACGUUGGGGCGCUGUGAUGGGCAGAGCAACCGACUGACCCCCCGCCGCGCUCGCCGCGCUUCUCCUCAGGAUCGCGACCUCGCAGCCGGGCCGCCCCCACUAUCUUUCUCCCACCACCGAAGCAGAAACGCCCCUCAUUUCCCCCCUUCCCACUGAGGUAAACCCGUGCCCUCCAUUCCCCACCCCGAGCAAGGGUCAACCGCCUCCCUCCCUCCCUCAGGGCCUUCCCCACCACGCGCGCGCACCCUCCGCUUUUGCCCCUCAUCCUGAGUCCCGCUGCUUUUUUUAGCCCCCUUCCCGCCCAGCGGUCCCCCCACUUUCCUGUGCCUCAUGCGGUCAAAGCCCCGCUGAUUGGCUCUUCCCCCUCCCCAAUUUCCACCCUCUUUCUGCUCCUUCUUCCGGGGGGGGUACUCAAAUUCCUUCCAAGCAGAAGCCCCCAAGCCAAGCUCCUGCCCGCAUAUAUUAAUCGCUCUGAAGUUCUUCCAGAUCUCAAUCCCCAGCGUGGCGCUACUGAUUUCCCCACCCCUGAUUUCGGAUCUGCCUUCUUCAAUCCAGGCUGCCUCCUGGGGCGGAACUCUGCAGCAUGUCCCUCUUCCAUCGCCUCUUCAGUUCCCUGCAGGAUCCAAAGAAAGUUGCUGCUUUCCAGCGGCUCUGCGGCCUGGAAGCCUGGGGGUCAGCCUCUUUUCCUGGAGGGCAGGAGGCGGAGGCCCUGCUGGCCAACAGGAACUGCCCCGCUGCCCGGGCAGAUGGCGCAGGUGACGGGCGCCACCGGUCCCAAGGGCCCUCUAACGUGGAUGAGAAGGGAGACGGGUGGCAGUCGAAUGGCAUGAGGAACGGAGUGGUCUCUGGGGAAGCCUGUGGGUGGGAAUCCCAGCGAAAGGACCCGGAGAGGAAGAAAGAGCCGGAGCUUUGGGGUUCGAAGAGGCAGCCUCGUCGCAACUCUCUGACUGGAGAAACAGUGCUCCAGGAGUUCUCGAUCCACAGCCCCUUCCUUUAUUACCUGUUCAGCCUGGGUACUGAGCUGGGCAAUGAACUCUUCUACUUCCUCUUUUUCCCCUUCUGCAUCUGGAACGUGGAUGCGUGGAUUGGCAGGAGGCUCAUCAUCAUUUGGGUUUGGGUCAUGUACCUGGGCCAGUGUACCAAGGAUGUUAUCCGUUGGCCCCGGCCUGCUUCUCCACCGGUGGUGAAGCUGGAGGUUUUCUACAACUCUGAGUACAGCAUGCCCUCAACUCAUGCCAUGUCAGGCACCGCUAUCCCUGUGUCAAUUUUGCUGUUCAGCUAUGGACGGUGGCAGUAUCCUUUGAUACAUGGCCUGAUUCUUGUCAUCUGCUGGUGUUCUCUGGUUUGCUUUAGCCGAAUAUACAUGGGAAUGCAUUCAAUUCUGGAUGUUCUUGCUGGAUUCUUUUAUGCUCUUCUCAUCUUAGCUGUCUUCCUUCCAGCUGUCGACCUAGUUGACAGCUUCAACUUAACUUGCAAGUAUGCACCUCUAAUUAUCAUCAGUCUUCAUCUUGCCUUGGGGAUUUUCUCCUUUACUCUGGACACCUGGAGCACAUCACGAGGGGACACUGCUGAGAUCCUGGGCUGUGGUGCUGGAGUUGCAUGUGGUUCUCACGUUAUCUACAUGCUGAAUCUGAUGCCAGACCCUACACCAGAGAUGCUUCCCUUACUGUCUCCCUCCCUCACUGUCACUAUCUUUGGAAAAGCCAUGUUGCGACUACUGAUUGGAGAGGUGCUUCUGUUGCUGACCAGAGUGGGCAUGAAGAAGCUCACCAUCCCACUGGCCUGUAAAAUCUUCCGUAUACCUUGUGAUGAUAUUCGACAAGCACGGCAACGUAUGGAAGUUGAACUGCCUUAUCGCUAUCUUACCUAUGGAAUGGUGGGAUUCUCGCUGACUUUCUUGAUUCCUUCUCUAUUUCACAUAAUAGGUCUGUCCUGAUGCGGUUGCUUUUCCUUAGCAUGGGAAGGAAGGUGAACAGUUAACAUUUGUGAGAGAAGGCACACCAUCUGAGAAAUGAAGCAGUGUGAGAUAGUACUGCCUCUGCUAAAAUAGUACAUGGCAAGCAAAGAAGGAUCAGAUCUUUGAUAUCGAGUUAAAGACCUAGAGGCGUUAGUUGAGAAUAUGCCAUGUCUAGUCUUACUGUUGUAACAAAAUGUAAACUCUGUGUAUGUAUAUGCAUAUAUACAUUUGAUGCCUCAGACUAUAAAUGUACCCCUCUCUUUAUUUGGAUGUGUUAAAACUGGUUAUGUUUAUAGCUGAUCCAAAAGUUCUAUUUGUGUUCAGUUUAAGCCAUUUCUUACUAAGUUGUUUGUUUCUUUAAACCACAAACUGCUAUGGAAGAAAAGGCUUGUUGUCUCUGCAUUCGCAAAUGUUUUGUGUAGGAAGGAAGCUAUUCUAAUGGACCAAAAUCUUACUGAGAUCUGGCUUAGAAAACCUGGUAUUUAGGAUCCUUUUACAUAUUCUAAAAUGUUUAUUUGUUAAUACAAACCAGUUAUCCAGGUACUGUAUUUUUCUUUUGCUUGAUAAUUGUGCCUUUCUGUUGCUAAAUUAAAAAGCACCACAUACUGUGAUGUAUAUAAAAAAGCCCAUAACUAUUCUAAAAUUUUACCAAAUUAGGCAAAUAUUUUAAAAUGUAAUUAGCCACAUAACUAAUAAAAAUAAGAGAUUUUA